UCUUUGGCUUCUGCUUUCCCCUUCACCGGAGAAAGGUCUCUAUGUUUAUCAGUGUUUGUAUUCUCUUGUGGCGUUUUGUUAUCAUCCGCUGAUAACCCACAAUUAGGGUUAACAACUGGAGCGUCGCCGAGUUCUGCCUUGGUUGUUGUCUCCGCUUCUGGUUUGGAUGGAGCAGCAGCGUUUAGACUGCGUUUGCGAGCAAGAGAAGGCACGGCGAAUGACGCUGGUUUUUUGAAGGGGGCCGCUGUUUCUUGGUCGUCGUGUGUCGACUGAAGACCAACUUUGAUCAACGACGCAUCCUCUCAUCGUGAUGCGCUACUGGGGUGAGAUCCCUGGGCCGGCAGGAGCUCCUCCCAGUCGGAGCUCCUUCGAUUUGCUCCAGCGUGAGUUUCGGUCAGUGGAGAUGCAGGAUCCUCCCCUACAUCAGCCGUCAGCCCAGCGGCCGCGCCCUACCACGAUGCUGGACAUCCCUUCGGAGCCUUGCAGUCUCACCAUUCACACGGUGCAACUAUGCCAGCACGUCCGCCGCCUUCGUGCACUUUUGGCGACUGCCCAGGGUCAGAGCGCGGCGUCCUCCGAGGCUGGCGGAAAGCCCGAGGAUGUUGAAACACAUCUGUCCUUGCAGCCUCCCACCCCGCCUGCCAUGCCUGAUGACUUGCUGCCGCUUGACAGCAAAGCUCCCUGGCAGCCGUUCCAGCUCCGCCACAGUGACCCUGAAAGUGACUUCUAUAAGGGCAAAGGUGAGCCAGUCACAGAGCUGAGUUGGCCAUCCUGCAGACAGCUCCUCUAUCAGUCAGUAGCCACCAUUUUGGCCCACGCCGGCUUUGAGACAGCCCAUGAGAGUGUGCUUGAAACUCUGACCGACCUAGUUCAUGAGCACUAUCUGCGCCUAACCCGCCUCCUGCGGGUAGCAGUGGACAGGGAGGCCCGGUUGGGGGCCAGCCCCUUUCCAGACGUGAUGGAACAGGUAUUCCACGAGGUGGGCAUCGGCAGUGUGCUGGCCUUGCAACGCUUCUGGCAAGUGCGCAUCAAGGAUUAUCACAGCUACAUGUUAAAGGUCAGUAAUGAUCUGUCAGAAGAAUAUGAAAGGCUGGUGAAUCCAGAGAAGGCUCUAGAGGACUCCAAGCCCCCCAGGAUCAAGGAGGAACCCAUGAAUGACAUUUCUUUCCCAGUUAGUGAGGAGCCCGAAGCCGACCUAGCCUCUGGGGACCAGACUUUGCCAAUGGGGGUUAUUGGGGCUCACGGUGAAAGGCUGUCCUCAGGCCUGGACGGCGACCAUUCGCCUCACACUUCAGGUGGAGGUGUGGCCAACAACUCCCCUUUGUGGCCACAGGUAAAGGUGGAGCCACAGGAUGGCGAAGACGGCCAGGGCGCUGCUGCGCAUCAUCACCACCACCACCAUCAUCCUCAUCACCACCACCUGGGUGGCGAUGUGUUUGAAGAGGGGGGGCCCAUGUCCACCAUGAGCGAGUCAGGAGGCGCCAUGGCACCCUCUCCCGCUGGCUCAGCAUCAGACGGCACUUACGCCUCACAUUCGCCAGACUCCCUGAUGAGUACCUCGCCCGUCUUUAAUCACAGACCCAAGAAGCGAGCAAGGAAGAUGUGAGGUUGCGGUGAGUGUCGGAGGAAAAUAGAAAUAGCAAAAAAUGACUGCAGACAUUAAAUUAAACCAUUAAUUUAAUGGUUUAAUUAACCAUAAAUUAAUGGUUGAUUAAUGGUUAAUUAAUUAAUGGUUUAAUAUUAAACCAUUAAUGGUUUAAUAUUAAACCAUUAAUUUAAUAUCAGUAAGGUAUUACUUUAACAAUAAUAUUGUUGUUGUGAUAUUAUUUUUGCAUAACAGCUUAUAGUUAUAAUAAAAUGAUGAAAACA